GAUUGGGCGCGGCCGCUGUCGCUCGGGCGCUGCGCUUCCGGGUUCGUGCAGCGGGAGGAGCGGGCGGGCGGCAGGCGGCAUGCGGCGGGUGACGCUGUUCGUCAACGGCAGCCCCCGGAACGGGAAGGUCGUGGCCGUGUAUGGCACUUUGUCGGAUUUGCUGUCUGUGGCUAGUAAUAAGCUGGGAAUAAAGGCGACCAGUGUUUACAAUGGAAAAGGCGGACUCAUUGAUGAUAUCGCGUUGAUUAGGGAUGAUGAUGUUUUGUUUGUCUGUGAAGGGGAACCAUUCAUUGAUCCUCAGACUGAUGCAAGACCUCACGAGGAACUAACUGGAUCGCACACGGACUGGUUAACGCUUAAUGUUGGAGGCCGAUACUUCACCACGACACGGAGCACUUUGGUUAAUAAAGAACCUGACAGUAUGUUGGCCCACAUGUUUAAAGAUAAAGAUGCUUGGGGAAAUAAGCAAGAUCAUAGAGGAGCAUUCCUGAUUGACCGCAGUCCAGAGUAUUUUGAGCCAAUUUUGAACUAUUUGCGUCAUGGACAGCUCAUUGUAAAUGAUGGCAUCAAUUUGCUAGGUGUUUUGGAAGAAGCCAGGUUUUUUGGUAUCGAUUCACUAAUUGAGCAUCUAGAAAUAGCUAUUAAGGUAACUUGCUUGCUUUUAUACAUGAACGUGCAUGUCCUGUUCUUCCAGGCAAUAUAUAAUGUAGUUCUAUCUGUAUUAGCUCUUAAACAACUCUCUCAACAGAAUUCACAGCCAGCAGAGGAUCAUUCUCCUAUAUCUCGAAAAGAGUUUGUGCGAUUCCUGCUGGCAACCCCAACCAAGUCUGAGCUGCGAUGUCAGGGUCUCAAUUUCAGUGGAGCAGAUCUUUCACGACUAGAUCUUCGCUAUAUAAACUUCAAGAUGGCUAACCUAAGCCGUUGCAACCUAGCGCAUGCCAACUUAUGCUGUGCAAAUCUUGAAAGAGCUGACCUCUCUGGAUCGGUGCUCGAUUGUGCAAACCUCCAAGGGGUAAAGAUGCUGUGUUCCAAUGCAGAAGGAGCAUCUCUAAAAGGGUGCAAUUUUGAAGAUCCAUCAGGCCUUAAAGCUAAUUUGGAAGGUGCUAACCUGAAAGGCGUUGACAUGGAAGGCAGUCAAAUGACAGGAAUUAAUCUCAGAGUUGCAACACUGAAAAAUGCGAAACUAAAAAACUGUAAUCUUAGAGGAGCAACUUUGGCAGGAACUGAUUUGGAAAAUUGUGAUCUUUCAGGUUGUGAUCUACAAGAAGCUAAUUUGAGGGGAUCUAAUGUAAAAGGAGCUAUUUUUGAAGAGAUGCUGACACCUUUGCACAUGUCUCAGAGCGUCAGAUAGGAAAGAAUAUGCUGAAGAGGAAGGAAUCAAAACAUUUGUGACUUUCUUCACCUCCUCCCCUUCUUAAGUUAGAAGUAAUGGUUAUUAGACGACUUAUAUUUGCAGUAGUGCCUAAGUAAACUCUUUGAUCACUUUUUGGGGAGGGAGCUUUAACUGAAGAGGUAGAAAUAGGUACUGUUUCUGCCUCUGAACAGAGUGAGGAAGGGGGCUGGUUCUAGGACCAGAAUGUUUGUGUUUUUUUUUUUUUUUUAAGAUUCAUUGUUUAGCAUUGCCUCACUUUGGAAUGCAUUUUAAUUUAUAAAGCACAAUAUAUGCAAUUCUAUUUAUUAAAUCUGUAGCUGCAAUAUGAAUAGAUGUUAUUCAUGUAUAGUAGCAACGAAGUUCAGGUUUACAGUUAUUACAGUUAGUGUAUUUACGGUUAGUUUCUUCAUUCAUGCACAGUGUAUUAAAUGACCGAUGUGGUUUAGACAAUGUCCACAGGCUGUUUUCAGGUACUCUUUUCUUCUGGGGUGAAAACAGUAGUUAACUGUCAUCAUAGGUAAUGUAUUGCCUUGUAGUAGUUAGAAUUCAGGUAUAGAACAGCUUUAUCAUCAUCUAAAAUGUUCUGUGGAAGCCACUUCCACUGAAGGGAUCUGCGUACACAGCAGACUGAGUUAUAACAGAAACACCCCGAUCAAAAGUUGUAUGGCUUACUUAAUCCUUUCUGUGUUAGUAUAAAAUUGCACUAUCAAUCACAGCUGCUAAGAAACAUGCUGUUGCUUUUAAUUGUCCUAUCCACUCCCAACCUGGAGUACCUGUCAAUGUUUCAUUCUUUGUGGGAAGUUAAAUGUGUGUAAGACAAUACAAUCCACUCUCACCAAAGUAGAGAUAGGCAUUGGGGCCACAGCACUUACUCCUUUCUCCCGUCGUGACUCCAGUAUAUGAAUAAAUGGCACCCCUUUCGCCUCAAUGUACUAUGCAAAUACUGUUGUACACUGAAUCCUUGAAAGCAUGAGCGUAAUCCUUUUCCCAGCCAGAUCUUAAUAUACCACUUUGGGCCUGCUUGAAGUGGCUGUAAAAGCCUCUUGCAUGGGGCAGAGCGCCCUUUCCACAACUGCUUUACCUGCAAGCAAGUAUGGAACUAUGACUUCUGCAGUGCAGAAAGCCUCUCAGCAUUUCUUUAAGUGGUGGUGCGCUUCGUUUAAUAAGCUGUUUCUGCUGUAGUAUCAUUCUAGUUCUCAUCUAACAAAACGUUUAUUUUCUAUACAAUCAAAAAGCACAUGAAGAAACUAUACCAAAAAAAAAAAAGGUGCAUCAAGAACUCAUACCUCAGAUGCUUACUUAAAAUACCCCAAAGUUACAACUAACAUUGAAUCUAAGGAAAUGCCGCUGUUACUGGAAGUUAAGAACAAACGUAUCCUAAAACUUAGAGAAUGUGAUACUGUUAGCAGUGGUUUUGAGUUGCAGUUACUUCAGUGUGUUGCCUUUUAGAUGCAGAUUUGCUGUCCUCUGAACAGAAGUCAUACUGUCUCAGUAGUUGCUAUGAAAAUGCUGCUUUGCCAUCGAUCUAUAAAGGUUAGUUUAGGAACGGUUUAUGAAUUGUUUGGGGAGAAGUGCAGGAUUCUCCCUUACUUUCAAGUUGGGUUGACUCAGGCAUAUCACGUGAACUUCCAGGACUCAAAAUCCUACAGCCAUGUGGUUUGGAAUUAGGAUUUCUUUUCCUUCUGGAUUCCCUGGCUUCUUGAGCUGUCUCAAGGACAACACCAUAGCCUUGGUGAAAUAUAGCUGUAGGGAAAUACUUUGAUUUUGGAGUCCUGUCUCCCACCUCAUUGCUUUCAUUGAGUGAUGUAUAUGUUGCAGAAGAAGAAGAUUCUUAGGGCUAGAGAAAUAAAUGAAUUAUUUUUCUUUAUCUUAUUUUCUAGCUAGCAGAAGUAAAAUAUUGUAUGGAAAAAAUAUAUUUUCAUAAUCACUGUGUAUAAAAUAUAUUUGAACUUUCACUGAAGCACUAUGUUUUAAAUAAUCACAGCAUGUGGCAUCAUUCAUUCACAGAUGAAUUUAAGGUACCUCUUUUGCUACAACAAAGCUGUAUGAAUAGCCCAAAGUGGCAUAUUCAGAAAUUAAAGGUUCCAGCCUAAUUUAAAUUGCAUUAAUAAAAGUGUGAAAUAUAAAA